AUGGCAGUUCCGUAUGCGGCUGCAAGACCAGGCAUUGGCCGCGUGCUUCAGUCGACACCGACAAGCUUCCCGGGGCUUCACUCACGACGAGCGACAGCUGCGGCUGCAAUUGCAACCGCGUUCAACCCUAUUCAGACCUCAAAGUUCUCGUCUUCUUCUCAAUUAUGCAAGCGCAAGACGGCCGAUCGGAGUCGGAGCCGAGGCGUCAGCAGCAUCCGAAAGACAGGUCCUCGUGAGUUCCUCUCCGUGUCGAACGAUGAGCUCCCUCAGCCUGUCGACCCCAAGGAGAUGCCUCAGGUCGAGACGGACCCGAAUCACGGUCUAUGGGACUUCUUCUAUUCCAAGGAAAAGCCAAUCAACACCCCGGCCGAAGAUUCUGCACACGGGAGGGCAUGGACGGCCGAGGAGCUCAGGAAGAAGAGCUGGGACGACCUCCACAAACUGUGGUGGGUGUGCGUGAAGGAAAGGAAUCGUAUAGCUACAGGAAACUGGGAGCGAGAAAAGAAAGAAUACGGAUACGGCACCGCUGAGUCGGGCCAACGGGACGCACAGGUGAGGCUUACUAUGAGAGCCAUAAAACACACCCUGACGGAGCGACUGUAUGCUUGGGAAGAUGCUGUAAAGUUGGCGGAGACGGAUCCCGAAAUUGAUUUGUCCGGCGAAGGAACCCCUUACACGCCGGCGGAGUACCUUGAGGAGGAGGCCUUUGAGGAAGAGACUAUUGAAGCGCAAGAGCAGGAACACCAAGAUGCUGAAGAGAAUCAAAAGGUAGCUGCUGAAGAGCAGGAUGCCGCUGGACGCUCGACUGUCGACCCUUCCACGAUGCCUUCCACUGACAAGAUUCCACAAGAAGCACCGAGAGUAUAA